UUCAUAAUUGUUUAUUUGAGAAUCAAAUCGAUAUACGCUCCAAAAAUGACCAAAACCAUGUUUCUUCCGCUUCUCCUCCUCCACCAAUCCACCGCCGCAGCUUCCACUUCAGUGUCAACGGAGUGCACAGUUUCCACGAUGGACGAUUACCCGGUUCCCGUUCGGCGUGAAGUUUACGGCGACGGGAGAAUCUUCGAUAUUAGCCAUAGAUACACCAUGGAUAUGCCGUCAUGGGAGAGAAAGGAUGGUCUGGGUCGGUUCCUCUGGCUUCCCGCCAGCAUGAAGAAUGGGUCGUUGGCUAAUAACUCACUGAUGAAACUACCGACUCAUAGCGGCACACACGUCGACGCGCCGGGCCAUAUGAUCGACCGUUACUUCGACGCCGGGUUCGAUGUCGACACCCUUGACCUAGAAGUCCUUAACGGGCCAGCUUUGUUAGUGGAUGUGCCGAGGGACAGUAAUAUAACUGCCAAAGUUAUGGAGUCGUUGAAAAUUCCCAAAGGAGUGCGUCGUGUUCUGUUUAGAACACUAAAUACAGACAGGAGGCUUAUGUUUAAAAGUGAGUACGAUUCUAGCUAUGUUGGAUUCACAACAGAAGGGGCAAGAUGGCUGGUGAAGAACACUGACAUCAAACUUGUAGGAGUCGAUUUCUUAUCCGUUGCAUGUGAGGAUCAUAUGGUUUCGGCUCAUCUUGAAUUCUUUGAAAGCAGGGAAAUCAUUCUAGUAGAGGGCUUAAAACUUGAUGAUGUUCCAACUGGGAUAUAUAAUGUACAUUGCUUACCUUUAAGGUUGCUUGGUGCUGAAGGAUCACCCAUUAGAUGCAUUCUCAUUAAAUGAUACAUGUAAUUGAUUCUGGAUUUAGCCUUUGUAUUAUCAUAUGAUGUUUUUCUGUGUUUAUACUUUUUAAAUUUUAAAAUUUCGUUCUUGAUCUAAA